AUGUACGUGGACGUGGACGUGGACGUGGACAUGGACGUCGACGUGGACGUGGACGUGAAAGUGGAUGUGGACCUGGACGUGGACGUGGACGUGGACGUGGACGUGGACGUGGACAUGGUCGUGGACGUGGUAGUGGACGUGGACGUGGACGUGGACGUGGACAUGGAGGUGGACAUGGACAUGGACGUAGACAUGGACGUGGAUAUGGACAUGGACAUGGACAUGGACGUGGACGUGGACAUGGACAUGGACGUGGACGUGGACGUGGACAUGGACGUGGACGUGGACGUGGACUUGGACGUGGACGUGGACGUAGACCUGGACGUGGACGUGGACGUGGACAAGGACGUGGACGUGGACGUGGUCGUGGACGUGGACGUGGACGUGGACGUGGUCGUGGACGUGGUCGUGGACGUGGACGUGGACGUGGACGUGGACGUGGACGUGGACGUGGACUUGGACGUGGACGUGGACGUGGACGUGGACGUGGACAUGGACGUGAACGUGGACGUGGACGUGGACGUGGACGUGGACGUGGACGUGGACGUGGACGUGGACAUGGACGUGGACGUGGACGUGGACGUGGACGUGGACAUGGACGUGGUCGUAGACGUGGUCGUAGACGUGGACGUGAACAUGGUUGUGGACGUGGACGUGGACGUGGACGUGGACGUGGAUGUGGACCUGGACGUGGACGUGGACGUGGACGUGGACGUGGACAUGGACGUGGACGUGGACGUGGACAUGGACGUGGACGUGGACGUGGACGUGGACGUGGACGUGGACGUGGACGUGGACGUGGACGUGGACAUGGACGUGGACGUGGACAUGGACGCGGACGUGGACGUGGACGUGGACAUGGACAUGGACGUGGACGUGGACGUGGACGUGGACGUGGACGUGGACAUGGACGUGGACGUGGACAUGGACGUGGACGUGGACGUGGACGUGGACAUGGACGUGGACGUGGACGUGGACGUGGAAGUGGACAUGGACGAGGACAUGGUUGUGGACGUGGACGUGGACGUGGACGAGGACAUGGUUGUGGACGUGGACGUGGACGUCGACAUGGACGUGGACGUGGACGUGGACGUGGACGUGGACAUGGACGUGGACGUGGAGGUGGACGUGGAGGUGGACGUAGACGUGGACGAGGACAUGGACGUGGACGUGGACGUGGACGUGGACGUGGACAUGGUCGUGGACGUGGACGUGGACGUGGACGUGGACGUGCACAUGGACGUGGACGUGGACGUGGACGUGGACGUGGACGUGGACGUGGACGUGGACGUGGACAUGGACGUGGACGUGGACAUGGACGUGGACGUGGACGUGGACGUGGACAUGGACAUGGACGUGGACAUGGACGUGGACGUGGACGUGGACGUGGACGUGGACAUGGACGUGGACGUGGACGUGGACGUGGACAUGGACGUGGACGUGGACGUGGUCGUAGACGUGGACGUGGACAUGGUCGUGGACGUGGACGUGAACGUGGAGGUGGACGUGGACGUGGACGUGGAGGACUUGGACGUGCACAUGGACGUGGACGUGGACGUGGACGUGGACGUGGACAUGGACGUGGACGUGGACGUGGACGUGGACGUGGACUUGGACGUGGACGUGGACGUGGACGUGGACGUGGACGUCGACGUGGACAUGGACGUGGACGUGGACGUGGACGUGGACUUGGACGUGGACGUGGACAUGGACGUGGACGUCGACGUGGACAUGGACAUGGACGUAGACAUGGACGUGGAUAUGGACAUGGACGUGGACAUGGACGUGGACGUGGACGUGGACAUGGACAUGGACGUGGACGUGGAGGUGGACAUGGACGUGGACGUGGACAUGGACUUGGACGUGGACGUGGACGUGGACAUGGACGUGGACGUGGACGUGGACAUGGACAUGGACGUGGACGUGGACGUGGACGUGGACGUGGACGUGGACAUGGACGUGGACGUGGACGUGGACGUGGAGGUGGACGUGGACAUGGACGUGGAGGUGGACGUGGUCGUAGACGUGGACGUGAACAUGGUUGUGCACAUGGACGUGAACGUGGACGUGGACGUGGACGUGGACGUGGACGUGGACGUGGAGGACUUGGACGUGGACAUGGACGUGGACGUGGACGUGGACGUGGACAUGGACGUGGACGUGGACGUGGACGUGGACGUGGACGUGGACUUGGACGUGGACGUGGACGUGGACGUGGACGUGGACGUGGACAUGGACGUGGACGUGGACGUGGACGUGGACUUGGACGUGGACGUGGACAUGGACGUGGACGUGGACGUGGACAUGGACAUGAACGUAGACAUGGACGUGGAUAUGGACAUGGACGUGGACGUGGACGUGGACAUGGACGUGGACGUGGACAUGGACAUGGACGUGGACGUGGACGUGGAUUUGGACGCGGAUGUGGACAUGGAUUUGGACGUGGACGUGGACGUGGACGUGGACGUGGACGUGGAGGUGGACGUGGAUGUGGACGUGGAGGUGGACGUGGACGUGGACGUGGACGUGGAGGUGGACGUGGACGUGGACGUGGACGUGGACGUGGUCGUGGACGUGGACGUGGACGUGGACGUGGACCUGGACGUGGACGUGGACGUGGACGUGGACGUGGACGUGGACAUGGACGUGGACGUGGACGUGGACGUGGACGUAGACGUGGACAUGGACGUGGACGUGGACGUGGACGUGGACAUGGACGUGGACAUGGACGUGGACGUGGACAUGGACGUGGACGUGGACGUGGACGUGGACAUGGACGUGGACGUGGACGUGGACAUGGACAUGGACGUGGACGUGGACGUGGACGUGGACAUGGACGUGGACGUGGACGUGGAUGUGGACGUGGACGUGAACGUGGACGUGGACAUGGACGUGGACAUGGACGUGGACGUGAACGUGGACGUGGACGUGGACGUGGACGUGGACGUGGACACGGAGGUGGACGUGGACAUGGACGUAAACAUGGACAUGGACGUGGACAUGGACGUGGACGUGGACGUGGACGUGGACGUGGACGCGGACGUGGACAUGGACGGGGACGUGGACGUGGACAUGGACGUGGACGUGGACAUGGACGUGGACGUGGUCGUGGACGUGGACGUGGACGUGGUCGUGGACGUGGACGUGGUCGUGGACGUGGACGUGGACGUGGACGUGGUCGUGGACGUGGACGUGGACGUGGACGUGGACGUGGACAUGGACGUAGACAUGGACGUGGACGUGGACGUGGACGUGGACAUGGACAUGGACGUGGAUGUGGACAUGGACUUGGACGUGGACGUGGACGUGGACGUGGCAUGGACGUGA